AUGGCCAAAGACGAUCACUAUGAUUAUCUCUACAAGAUCGUUCUGAUUGGUGACUCAGGAGUGGGUAAGUCCAAUUUACUGUCAAGGUUUACCCGAGAUGAAUUCAACUUGGAGAGUAAGUCAACAAUAGGAGUGGAAUUUGCUACCAAGUCGGUUGUAACUGAGGGUAAGGUCAUCAAGGCUCAGAUUUGGGAUACAGCGGGACAGGAGCGGUAUAGAGCGAUUACAUCUGUGUAUUACCGGGGUGCUCUUGGUGCUUUACUGGUGUAUGAUUUGUCGAAGAAAAAUUCAUAUGUUAACGUGAGUCGUUGGCUUAAAGAACUAAGAGACCAUGCGGACCAGAAUGUGGUUAUAUUAUUGGUAGGGAAUAAAGCAGAUCUUCAACAUCUUCGAGCGGUAUCCCAAGAUGAGGCACAAUCCUUCUGCGAAACAGAGCAAAUCGCCUUUAUAGAAACUUCUGCCCUUGAUGGGAGUAACGUAGAUAAUGCGUUCCACGAAGUUCUUAACAGGAUAUAUAAAAGCAGGAAGAGAAUUGAGGCUAUGGGCAAUAACGGACAACAUAGAUUCAAUGCUACCAAAGCUGAACCCCUUAAAGUAAACACUUCAUGUACUUUGGUACCAAGCACAUGA